AUGGCCAACGCCAGGGUCAAGCUCAAAGCCGACGCCGUCAGCCCCGCGCCCCGCUUGAUUCUCCUCGCACUCCUCUUCCUCUUCUCCCCGGCUCAUGCCUUCUUCCGUCACCUCUGCCAUGGUGAACUUGGAAACGGUCGCGUCGACCCCAUCAUGGCCCCUGGGAGUCCCGCUCAACAUCUUCACGUUAUGUUUGGUGCUUCCAACAUGGGACUUGAUCCUACCCUCGACGAACUUCUGGCUUCCAACUGCACUAGCUGUUCUAUCCUCCAAGAUCAUUCCGUCUACUGGAGUCCACGCAUGUACUUCCAACAUCCGAAUGGCACACUCGAGAUGGUUCCAACUGCUGGCGGACUGACUGCGUAUUACUUUACUGAGCCGUCUCCGAUCGAGUCGUCUCCUGUUGUUGCAUUUCCUCAGAACUUCCGCAUGAUUGCAGGUAACUCUUUGAAGCGCGCUUUCCAUGGCCCGGUUCCAGAUCCACCAAUGUCAAACUGGCAGCCCAGCGACAUGACCCAACAAGCACUCAUGGAGAAGGCUCUCGGUUUCAACUGUCUGAAUUAUGACCUUCCAGCAGAAGGCGCACGACAGUAUCACUAUCUCCGCAACAAGACUUUCCUUGAUGCCACAUGUGCGGACGGAGUGCGCGCAGAACUCAUGUUUCCGUCAUGCUGGAACGGAAAAGAUUUGGAUAGUGCAAAUCACUCAAGCCACGUGGCGUAUCCAAACGAGAUCCAGAAUGGGAAAUGUCCGGACGGAUAUCCCGUCCAUUUGCCUGCGUUGUUCUAUGAGACCAUCUACCAAACCAAUCUUUUCAAGGGCAUUGACGGGGAGUUCACAUUUUCCAAUGGUGAUCCUACCGGUUAUGGCUAUCACGGGGAUUUCAUGUGCGCUUGGGACGAAGGAGUAUUACAAAGUGCCAUCGACGACCCAGUCUGCAAUCUUCCGGUGGGGACUUCGGGCAACCAGAACGACUGUCCAAUCUUCAAGCUCCAAAAUCCAGAUGACGGUACACAAUGCAAGAUGGAGGUGCCUGAGGUCCUUCAAAACGAGCAAAUCAACUUCGUCCAACAGCUACCCGGUAACGUGCAAAUCCAGUCCGGACCUGCGCCUGCCACAAUUGGGCCAAUACCGAGUGCUGCAACACCGGCCGCGCCCUCCUCACCAAUCGCAAACACCACAAUGCCAUUUCCAGUAGGACAAACUCCUGAACCUACGACUCUGAUGCCUACGUCUGCGUCUGCUGCUACCUCAAUGACAACUCCAUGCACCUCUAGCAGUCGAUUCACUACCACAACCAGCUAUACGAGCAACGGUGUCAUGGUCAAUCUGAUCCUGGUUGAGGAAGUUGUGACUGUCACCUUGGUAGACGGCGCCAGUCCUACAGCAGAAAUCCACAAACGUCAUACGCACAAGCAUGGCCGCAGAAAUGGAAGAGGUCGGCUGUAA